CCGUACCUGUAUGAUGCCGAUGGACGAGACAACCGCUCUCCGACGAAAGAAUUCGACCCCAAAGCUGUGACGAGAGCCUCGUGGGAAUCGAAACCUAAGCCGAAGCCCAAGCAGGACAGACCGCUUGUGGCCUUCAAUCGUCAUCCUGACGCACAUGAUGUGCUCACGGGUAGAACCACCAAUUUUCGACCCAUGAGCAGCACGAAGAAGUGGUGGAUCAAGUGCAUGAGGAAAGUGCAGAUGCCCUUUCGCGUGUUGGAACUUGCGGGCGGUCUGGGCUUGCUCGUUCUCAUGAUCCUGAUCUCCAACGUCGAUGCUCUUACAGCAUGGGUCUUGAGAAUCACUGGCGGCGUCGUGGCCAUUAGCAGUGUCUACGCCCUCUAUCAUCUUCACAGACCGGCAGGAGCCAGAACGCCCGCUUCGUCUGCAGCCUAUCACCUCUUUUCUGGCUUCACCGACCUGGCUGUUCUGCCUCUGUACUCAUUUGGUGUGCUCGCCGUGGUCAACCAUGGCAAGGAUUGGAUGACUCUGUUGGCCAACCAGUCCAUCACCAGCGUUCUCGUUCCAGCGGUUUAUUACCUGCUUAUCAGCGCUGGCGGUUGCCAUUUCAUCUCCCUAUGCAUCUCUGGCUGGCUGGCUCUGAUGUUCCAUAGAAUAGCCAACAUGCCUCCCGACAUGAAUCCGCUGGAGGACAAUCUCACGGCCCGUCACAAGCGCAACAAGUCCUCCGUUUCCACGAGCUACACGUCCGCUUCCGAAAAGCGUCUCUCAACUCCCCUUGAGGAUCGCCGUCGUUCUGGUGCUCCGUACGAAACCCUGUCGCGCCCACCCAGCAUUCCCUUCAUGCAUACCCGCACUGGAUCCAGAGACUCGAUGGCCUCUUCGAAGCGAGAUUCGCGGGCGGAUCUGCCCAGCUUCCAGCGCCAGAUCGAACCCGGAAACUCACCUCGCAACAGUAUCACCUCCGCAGCUGAGCUCAAGCGCCUGUCCAAGCCCCCUCGCUAUGCUAGCCCCCGAGGCAGCUAUGUCGAGGUCCCGAUCCACGAGACGGGUCAGCAGUCCCCACGUCCCAGCAGCAUAUCAACCGCACCGCCCGUUACGUCACCGACUCGUGCCGCCAGGUUCACUGAGGCUUGGUACGCAUCCGAAUCGCUCAUCAGCCGCACCCAGCAACGCGCACGAGCCCAGAUGGCAGCCGACAAGACCUCGGUAUCCACGUCCCCCUCCAAGCCUCGCGCUUACGAGGCAAUUACUCAGCAAUACGACCGGGACUCGGACGGCGACUCAGACCAGGAGAAUAACAUGAUGCGGCCCGACCCCGCCGAUAUCUCGGACCUGGAGGACGACGGCGCCUUCGGCAUCGGCAACAUGCACCCCAACCCCCUGCGCUCCAACCGGACGGCCGUGUCCUCGGUCUUACCACGCGCCCGAACCCCCCACCGCCCGCACCGCGACUCGACCCUGUCAGAAAUCAACCUCAACUCGCGCGCACCCAGCGGAAGCCAGGACGUCGCCGACCUGAACCAGAACAGCAACCUGGCCUCUCCCACGAGCAUCAACGGCAACAGCUGGCAAGGGAGAAAUAGGGAUUCUUCCAUCCAGCCCGAGGAUAGCUUCUACGCGAAGCCCUACGGUGAUCUCAGGGCUGCUACGCCGCCCCUCAUCGUCGGCACCGCCACCGGACGCCAGGUCUCGUCGGGCAAUGACUAUGAUUUGGGGACUGGCGGUAGUGGCUACGGCAAGUACCGCCGGAAUGUGAGCGGGAAGAUUGCUGAGGAGGGGAGGGCGGGGAGGAGAUAUUCGCGGUACAGUGUGCUUAAU